CCUAAUACAUUAUCGUUGUAAAUAUCUUGCAAAUUCUCAUUAACGUGUAUACCUUAGCAGCAAAUAUACAUUGUGUGUGCAGCAAAUAACAAAGGUUUAUUAAUUCUGUUACUGUUAAUUCGUUAUUUUGACUUCAACCCCAAUAGUCGUUCUAUUCUACACGUACUUGAUUGAAUUUAAACUAUUAUGCAUUUUAAGAGUGCCGUUAUUCUUUGUGCCGUGAAUUUCAUUUCAUCAGUUUGGAGCAUUGGACUAAAUAAGGACCAAAUAGAAAUAUGUAUUCGUGUGAACGACAAUAGCAAUCCUGGUACCUUUACUAGGAAUAUCACAGACGAGGGCUACUAUAAUUUGGCUAUUAAGAAAGCAUUUUUGGAGUUAGCGUAUACAGAUAAGAAAGAACUUGACAGCUUCGGGGUUCCAAUGCUGACGACUAUUGAAGUAGAGUUUUACCUCAAUAAGUUCAAUGAACACCUCCAACUUAACGGGCAAAAUAGAUACCUUACAGAAGGACAACUAUCAGUUUUAUUUAACCAGUUACACCUUACAGAAGGAGAGAAGGCAAUGGUCGAACAUUUAGCAGAAGGAAAAAGAGGUAAAGUCCACUCAGCGGCAUUCUUGUCAAUCAUGUUAGAAAUUCUACCGGAAGGCAAUGGUCUAAACGAAGCACAGAUAGAAGAGUUCAUUAUGUUGUAUAGAUUUCACGAUGUUAAAACCGGUCGUAUCGAUCCUUUGAAAAUUCAAAACGUCUUGAACAAGUUCCAUAUGGCUAUUGAGCCGCUCGAACAGUCAAUGCUGUUUAAAUCUGACCGACCCUUUGCUAAAGUGUUGAUGGAGUUGAUGAUUGUUACGGCAGAACGUUUCAGGACAGAUAACGAAAACGACGAGAUAGUGUUAAGUACAAAAGAGAUCAGGUCAAUGAUAUCUGCAUUCAUAGAACGUGACCAGGACAAAGACGGUAUGCUAUCUGAAAACGAAGCGAAAAAGUUCAUAAUGACAUAA